UUAACUAGAAAAAAAAAAUAUUAAAAACACAAUGACAAUCAACCAACUAAUCACACUCACACCCUUUAACCAACAACCAUAAACCCCAAAUUAAAACCCAAAUGUAAAAACAUACAUACAACCAAUAAUCCAUCUACUUCACAACACCCUCUGGUUUUCAGUUUCAGUUUUAGUUUUUGUUUUCACCCCUUGCUAGAUUCACCAAAUCUCCAAAUUCUCCGAUCCAAUCUCAUCAUUACUCACAUCUUCAUGUGGGUUAUCAAACGGGUAUCAUUCCGAUUCAUCACCGGAUCUGAGUUGACUCACCGUUGACUGAAAAAGGGUUUAACCGUUAACAUGAAGAGGUCAAUCCGUCCUAUAUUCAGUGUUGUGUUUAUUAUCGCAGCCGCCGCCACACUCUGUUUCCGAAUCAUGGUUUCCGGCGUCUCCUCCGGUGGGGAAUUGGGGUACCGGAACGACAUCGUGGUGGAGCAAAGACCUGCACCGGUGUUUAACGACACAUUGUUGAGAUUUGCCGCUGUUGAUUUGGCUGAGGAUUCAUUGAGGCAAGAUGUCGAACAGUUGGUGGACGGUAAUUUUAGGGACUUAACGAGCGGUCGCCACCGCUCGUUUCUGUGGUCCGGGCGUCACCGGAUCGAUAUCCGAGCCCGGUCGGCUCGGGGGGUCCCGGUUCAGCUCCGGUCCCCGGAGUUUUACCGGCUCUGGUUAGAGUUUAGGAGAUAUUUACAAACCUGGUGGCGUAACCACCGGUUUCGGGAUGAUGUAAUGUCGAAUUUGAUCAACAUUGUCAAGAUUUUAAACACUAGUAAUGAUGAUAAUGAAAAGGGUUUGAAGUAUAAGACUUGUGCUGUGGUGGGUAAUAGUGGGAUCUUGUUAAAAUCUGAUCUUGGUGAGGUGAUUGAUAGUCAUGAGUUUGUUAUCAGAUUGAAUAAUGCGAGAACGCGCGGGUAUGAACGCAAUGUGGGUUCGAAAACGAGCCUCUCGUUUGUGAACAGUAACAUUCUGCACUUGUGUGCGCGGCGCGAGAGGUGUUUUUGUCACCCGUAUGGCGAAAACGUGGCGAUAAUGAUGUACAUGUGUCAAAUGAUACAUUUUCUCGAUUACGCUGUGUGUAACGCGUCGCACAAGGCGCCGUUGUUGAUCACUGACCCGCAGUUCGAUAUCCUAUGUGCGCGGAUCGUAAAGUAUUAUUCGGUUUCUAGGUUUGUUAAAGAAACCGGGAAGCCGUUAGACGAAUGGGCGGGUUCACAUGACGGAUCUAGUUUUCAUUAUUCGUCGGGUAUGCAGGCGGUGAUGCUUGCGUUAGGGAUUUGUGAAAAGGUUAGUAUUUUUGGGUUUGGGAAGUCGGAUUCCGCUAAGCAUCAUUAUCAUACGAAUCAAAAAGGGGAGCUGCAUUUGCAUGAUUAUCAAGCGGAAUACGAUUUGUAUCGGGAUCUUGUGGAGAGGCCUGAGGCGGUACCGUUUAUUUCAGAUAAGUUUAAGUUCCCUCCGGUUGUUAUACAUAGAUGACACGUUUUACAUACAUGUUAUUACAAGUAGUUCAUUCUUAUUUGAAUUUGAUGAUGAAUUGUUUUUUUUGUGAAAUUCGCAAUUGUAAGUGCCCCUUUUGGGAAUCAGUUAUCAAUGAUACUAGUUACAGAAUGGUGAAGGUGUACAAGAUGUAUAAGUGAACAUAGAAUUUGAA